AACUGUCAAAAGUAAAAACAUUGACACUAGACAGUUCACAAAUAAUUCUAUUAGAAUUGGUUUUCAUUUUAAAAUAAAAAGUAAUUGUCUCACAGAUUUUAACACAAAAAAUAUUAAAAAUUCUUUAGUUAUAUUCGCCUACGGUUGCCGUAAAUAAGCGCAAUGUCAAAUCACCGCAAUAAAUAUGAAAAGGCUAGAAGACGAUUAGCGGCUGUUACUUUUUUAUCAAACAUAUCUCUUGAUGGCAAACACAAAGAUCCUGAAUUAAUCCAGGUUUCGUCCAAGGCUGAUAAGACUGAUAAUGGAUCGAAAGCUGCUGAUAUUCACAAAGAUAAAGAUGUGGACUUGAGGAAUAGCAUCCGGUGUCGCAGUAAGGUGGCGCAAACCAGUCCUGCUCAUAGACUUGGUACUGAUAACCAUUCUUUGAGCUCAGAAUCUGAAUAUGCAUCUACUGUUACACCUAUAAAAGGCGUUACAAAUUCAAGUUUUCGAGAAAGAUGCUCUUCUGGAAAUACAGAGUCAUUUAAAGAAAAGCAUACAUCUUUUCGAGCUAAAAAGAAUCACCUUGUGUCACUAGCAGGCAUAACUACUGAUGAUAAAAGCAGCUCUGAGAGUUUGAAUUUUGGUCGAUUUCGGACCAGCACUACAUGUAUACCUGAGAAUCAUCCUUUAACAAAAGAAGUACGCUUAGUACGUCCAACCAAGGGGGUCACAUUUAAAGAUGAGCGAUUUGCUAUUGUGCCAUCCCAAGGUGUACCAUGUAUUAUAUUUAGCACAAUACCAUAUUCAAAAACUGUUCGUAAUGCAAGGACUGAUCUGAGAAAAGAUGGUGUGCGCAGGCGUAAUACGUCAGGGCCAAGACCACUCUCAUCAAUCACUGAUAAUGGAGUGGAUCCUUUCGAUUUGCUUGGAUUGGAGCGAGAAGAAAAUGGACAAGAUAUAUCCUACUCUAAACUACUUGUACCAUCUAGAGUCUGUACAAGAGAGCAAUACAGAAAAAUGUAUGACAGUGAUUUCACUGAUAAAGCCAACUGGAAAGUAAUAAAUCGUCAUCCCCAUGUUAUUGCCAGGACUAAGUUAUUGACGAGGCACAAGGAUAAAAAAUGGUGUUUCUCUUAUGAGUCGUCUCAGAGAUCAGCCAUAGCUUCGUCACCUCCGCACUCGUCUAUCGACAAUAAAACUUUUGAUUGGGAUGAAGGAAGUUUAAUUUCACAGAAAUUCGUCCACUAUUGCCCCAAUGUUCUGGAUGAUCCUGAGUUGAUUGCUGGCAAACACAGGACUUUAUUAACAUUUACUUCCUAUAUGACAUCUAUAAUCGAUUAUGUUCGACCACAAGACCUUAAAAAGGAGCUUAAUGAUAAAUUUAGAGAGAAAUUUCCACACAUCAAACUUACUCUCAGUAAACUAAGAAGCAUAAAAAAAGAAAUGCGUAAGAUCGCAAAACACGAUAGUGGAGGCGUGGAUUUGUUAUCGGUGGCUCAGGCAUAUGUUUACUUUGAAAAAUUGAUUCUAGCUAAUCUAAUCAAUAAGGAUAACAGAAAAUUAUGCGCGGGCGCAUGUCUGUUAUUAUCAGCUAAACUGAAUGAUGUCAAAGGAGAAAUGUUGAAAGCUUUAAUUGAACGCAUCGAAACAACAUUCAGGCUGAACAGGAAGGAUCUGAUGCGGUUCGAGUUCGCGGUGCUGGUGGCGCUGGAGUUCGGGCUGCACGUGCCGCCCUACGAGGUGUUCCCGCACUACCAGCGCCUGCUGCACGACUCGUGACCCUGGCGCCGCCUGGCCUUCGAGCCCUGCAUCCGCGUCUGCCACCGCAGGAGGGCCAGCAUCGUCGACAACCUGCGAGCCAGUGCUUGGAUCUAAAUACUAAAUCACUAACAUAUAUUAUUUGAAUAUGUCCUAUGAGUACGUGAUAUCGAAGCUGCACGGACGAAUUGAGCAGUGCUAAGAUAUCAAUAGUUAUAUUAUGUAGAUAAAUUUGAUUUUUCUAGUCAGCCAGUAAGAGAGUACGAGUAGCGACGGAGAGUGGUCGAGUAUCGGUGUAAUUCUAUUUCUUAAAUAUUGGCACUACUUUUUAAUAUUAAUUUGACCUCAAAUUGACUUAUACCAUAUUCUGGACGAUUUGAAGUAAUGAGGUAUUGAAGUCAAGUUCUUUUCCCUUCCUUACCCCCUCGACCACUAUUCGGCAUUGGUUUUAGUGUUUAGCGCACGCUGUAUAAUGUCACCUACAGAGACCUUCAAAUGAAUCUAUACGCAGAUAAAUAAUAGAAUAUGAAACUUGGAAGUAGAAAGUAUGUAUUUAUAUUAAACGUUUUCUUAUCAGUGUGUUCGUACAAUUAACCUGAAAGAAAGUAUAUAUUGGCUAGGAAAUAUUUAUUUGAGGGUGAUUGUAUUUAGUAUACCUAAGUAUGUACUCAACAAAUUAGCAGUUUUUUAAUUAAUCGCUUUAGCCAAAAUAUUUUCAUCUUGCGCACAGCUUUAGUAGUAGAUUAUUAGAAUAAAUGAUGUAACAGACUAUAGUUCUGUACAUAAGAUUUUCUGUGUUAUGUAGAUAACUUGUAUGUAAUACUAAUAAUACGUAUAAAUUGUUAUAAAUUAAAUGAUUGAUUGAUGAUGAUUUCAAAAAAUGCUACAAAAAAUAUUGUUAUAUUAAGAGAUUUGUAAAAUUAUUAUUGAUGAUUAGAUGGAAUCUAAUUUGUUAAUAUAAAAAGUGGGCUUUUUCAAUUGGAACAAAUUUUCAAAACAAAGUAAUAAUUAAAGGUUUAUCACGAUUGACCGACACAAGUGACCUCAAAACUUAUGGAGCUAGAUCAGCCAUAAUAAACAGCGACGCGAUUACAAUAUUUUUCUAUAUAAAACACAUAUAUAUAUUUUACAUGUUGAUUUCUUAUGUUUAUGCGAAUGUUAGACAUCAAAAUAAAACAUUUUUUCGGAUUUUUCGCGGUUUUUAGUAUUAUGAUUUUCUCCAGACGUUUUGAAAACUUUGCAGCCAUCGUGGUGAAGGGGCGGACUGUGGUUUCGAUUGACUGAACAGUCAAAGUUACAAUAUACAAUAUCUAGGUAGAUUUAAAAAAUAUAAAUCAUUGUAAAAUGUACCUUUUUUAAAUUGUUGUUUUUGAUGAUCCAAUCUACGCAUAAUGAUCACACAUUAUUUCAUAAUAUUAUCUUCCAAUUCGACGAUCAGCUGUAAUUUGAUAUCAACAUAAAUUCGGUAGUUAUUGAGGUCCCUAUCAGGCUGUUUGUAUACUGUAAAUAUUUUAAUUAAUAAUACUACUAUACAACAUUUUAACGAUACUUAGUGUUCGAUGAACUAAAAGAAGUAUAUUAUUAGCCUUCAAAAUAGGAGUAUAUAUAUUUGAUAACAGGUUUUAAGAAAGAUUAUAAUUACCAAGUCUAGGAGGCUAUUAGUUAUAGUUAUAGUAUCACAAAUGAUAUAUUAAAACUUUCUUAUUAUUAUUAUAUGGAAACAUAACAUGAAGAUCGUACUGUAAUAUUCAAAGUAGGUGUGCCACAAAUAUCGAUAAUUCGAGUAUAAUUGAGCACAUCCCUCACUGUUUGCAAAUAGUUUUUUUUUGUUUGACAUCUCAUGAUCACGAAACAGCGAUACACGAGUAGAUCACGUCUUACUCAUGGCUCUCCGCUGCUAUAAAAAAGGCUUUGGAGAUAGAAAAAUGAACAAUCGAUUAGUAAACACAAUGUACAAUUCGGCUAUAAUUAUAACUUCCACUAAAUAAAUGAUGAAUAGACUUGUGGCGAGUUUAUUUUCAGGUCAGUCUAUAUAAGUAGCCAUGUUGUUUAUGUAUAUUCAGUUAGACAGUAGAUCUAAUUUUAAAAUUACCUAAAUAAAUCACGAAACUUAGUUGGAAUAUUCUUAUGAGCUUGUGGUUGUUCAGCAGGUAUUAAUUCAACCUUAAAGGUACAACAUUUGAUUCAUUUGGAUGUUACGUAUGACCUGACUAGGGAAAUAAAUAACCUCGCCAAAUUAUAGUAAAAUAUAAACUAAUUUAUUGUACUAACAAGGUUUACUUUAAAACGGAAAAGCGAGAGUGGCGCUUCCAAAGCAGGUUUUUAAUUUUCCUAGUCUGGCUAUAAUAUAAUAGUAUGUAAGUGAUAAAUAUUGUAUGUGGAAUGAAAGCCAAAUGAUAUAACUGUGAUAUAGGUGUUAUCAUUGUAGUGUUAAUGAACUAUGCAUUAUUUAAAUCCAUGUACGUGUCACAAAGAACGGAGAUAUAUGCCGGAAAAAUCUUAUAAUCAUUAAUAUAAUAAUUAUAUUUUUAUUAAAACUAGGUUGUUUUAAAUUAUAAAACUCUGUUUCAUUAUUACUGACAUUGCUAUAAUAUAUUUAAAAAACAUAUAUAUUUAACAUUGUUCUUUGAAGCCGUUAAGAGAUCUAAUCACAAUCAGUUUUUACCUAAAUACCUACCUAUUAUGCUCAAUAUAUGUUAUACUUAUGAAAUUGGUAUUUCGUGGUGACCGCAGUCGUAAGUUGAUGACAAAAAUCAGUACUAUCGUAUUCUUCCAAACGCUUACUCGUUUUUAAAUGUAUAAUAUUUUUUAUUGACUGUGGUUAUUGGGUGGCUAUUUUGGUUUGUAUGCUUUGUUUGUAUCGCUUAAAAUUUUAUUACAUAGUUGGUAUUCAUUAAAACAAACAAUAAACUAAUCAAGUACUCACUUUUUGUGACGAUUUGAAAAAAAUACCCAAAGCGUGUUACUUAAGGCCGCUUUCAAUAAACGACCCCAAUUUUAACCAUCGCUCUGAUCCCCGAGAUUACACCAAUCAAAAUAAGUCAUUUGUAAACAUGUUAUAACUUGUUCUGAUUGGUCCGUUUUCACGAUGGAUUUACAAAAGCGAUUGUGAUCGUUUAUUGAAAGCGCCGAAAUACAAUAUGUAAAAAUUUAAAAACAAUAUCUGCUUCAACUACCAUGUAGAUAUAGUUAUACUAGAAUCUAUGUAUGUACUUAGUUGAAAAUAUACAUAUUUCCAUCUGA